AUCCGCUUCCGGGUCCCAGGCUGAAUUGAUGGUGAGAGGAGUACGGGGCGUCUGGGGCCUGCCGGCGGGAGAGGUGGUACGACGAUUUUUACAGCGCCGUGGGCGCAGGACUCAGGGCCUUGCUGGAGAUGGACAGCCGGAUUCCUUAUGAUGACUACCCGGUGGUUUUCCUGCCUGCCUAUGAGAAUCCCCCAGCAUGGAUUCCUCCUCAUGAGAGGGUAUACCACCCAGACUACAACAAUGAGUUGACCCAGUUUCUGCCCCGUAUCAUCACACUGAAGAAGCCCCCUGGAGCUCAGUUGGGAUUUAACAUCCGAGGAGGAAAGGCCUCCCAGCUAGGCAUCUUCAUCUCCAAGGUGAUUCCGGACUCUGAUGCACAUCGAGCAGGACUUCAGGAAGGGGACCAAGUCCUAGCUGUGAAUGAUGUGGAUUUCCAAGAUAUUGAGCACAGCAAGGCUGUUGAGAUCCUGAAGACAGCUCGAGAAAUCAGCAUGCGUGUCCGCUUCUUUCCCUAUAAUUAUCACCGCCAGAAAGAGAGGACUGUGCACUAGAGAGUUGCAAUCCACAGCCCUCCACAUGGAAUCUUCUAGGACGAGCUAGCUAGGCCUCAGGGAAGCCACUUGGGAAACUCUACUCUCAGCCCCACCCUGGCAGAGUGGAGUAGGGAGGAUGGGGAGACAGCGAGGCCCUGCCCUGAGCUAGCUGGCCAACUGCAUUAUCCCACCCAUACUGCACUUUGAGUUCCCUAGUUUUCUAGGUGGGCUUCAUUCCCUGGAAGGAGAAGGAUGAUGAUGUCUAGGUAUCGCUUAGCCUGUGGAGAACCCUGCUAGAGAAGGCAACUGACAUUUAUUGAAUACCAUGUGCGAGGCAAUUCCACAUAUGUCGUGUCAUUUUCAUUAACGUCUACAAAUCUUGGGGGCCUCCCACCUAAUCUGCCUGGCCAUCUCAUCCCAUCCUUAUACUACCAGUCACACACUUUGGAGACUCCAGUGGAACCCCGUUUUCCCCCACUCCCUCCUUCUGUCUUCUCCCUCCAAAAAAGUAAAACACAAUGCUGAGGAAAUGUUGGUUGAUACUGAUUUGGAUGAUACUGAUUGGGUGUUAAAUGCCUUCGAGAUAAAAAUAAAAGCUCUUCCAAAGAGAGGAGCCACUAGAA